ACCUGAAAACGCAGCGCAGUUCAUCGUGAAGAAGGACAAGAAGUAGAAGAAGAGAGCCAACGCGCAUCUCCACUCUCAUACUUAAACUUCGGCGUCUCGCGACCGGGCCACGAUGAAGACCUUGCUGGCGACGAAGGGCGUUGCCUCUCUCUUCCUGACGCAGCUCAUCGUCGUUGUUUUUUCCUUGGCUGACGCUGCUGCUGCCUACGAUAAUAAAGUCGAUCUCGAAGCCUCCAGCCACACGGGCGACUGCCCCUUGAGUCGUAUCGAACUGGAUCUCGGAGACCUCAUGUCGAGUGUCAACGUCACUCUUAAGGGCCUGGAGAGCUUGUUCGGGCCUCUCACCGAGGGCGAAGGAGUCUACGUCGCCUCCCUCGACGGAUCAGCGGCCCAGAACCACCUGGUCAGCCUCCUGGUGAAGAAGAUGGAAGCGGAGAACGAGCAGCUGAGGGCGAGGAUCUCGGAUCUCGAGGUCGAGAAGUCGAGGAUCAGCUCUCGAGUCAUUGAGUGGAACGAGGAGUACUCGACCAGGGGAGACCAGAAGCAGAUGUCGGAGGUCCCUUGCUAUUCCUUGCAGUGGCCUCGAGAUUGCCAGGAUCUCUUCCAUCAGGGGAAAAACGUCAGCGGAAUCUACACGAUCUAUCCACAAAAGUGUGGCUUCGUGGGCAAAAGCGUCCGUGUCUGGUGUGACAUGGAGGGAGAAGAUGGCGGCUGGACCACCAUUUUGCUUAGGAGGAAGCGCGAGCAACAAGUCGACUUCAACAAGGGCUGGCGGUAUUACAGGCUCGGGUUUGGCGACCCAGAGACAGAAUACUGGAUAGGCAACGACUUUCUUCACAAGAUGACCAGCGAGAGAAUGCAGAUGCUUCGAGUGGACAUGAAGGACUGGAAUGAAAAUGCAGUUUAUGCUGAGUACAGCAGCUUCAUGGUGGACAAUGCCGACUGGGAAUAUCGACUGCACGUUGGAGGGUACUCGGGAACCGCUGGGGACUCCCUGACCUACCAUAGCGGAAUGCUCUUCUCGACGCCUGAUAGGGAUAAUGACAAACAUGGCAGUGUCCACUGUGCAGCCGACCGGAAGAGUGGCUUUUGGUAUAAUGGCUGCGAACACACGGGUCCCACCAACCCAAUUCUGCCCUCGUCAGUGACCGAAAAGGGUCUGCAUUGGCACCACUGGUAUAACAAUCGUCAGACGCUGAAGCAGAUGUCUUUCAAGAUCAAACCAGCCUCUUGCCUUGCAUAAUACGAUAUUCAGAAGUCGGAGGACCGCUGACAAGCCACAGGUGUGGCAGAGAAGAAGCGAUAUCUCCAAGAAUAUUCUCAGUCCAACAUCAUUACCCUGCGGCAUCCCUUCAUUCAACCCCCCUAGCUGAACCCACAUUCUGGCAGCCUUUUACUUUACCUCCAUUCCCGCUUCCUUUCAUCAGUUAUAGCAGCCUCUCUAAACUUGAUUUCCUUUUGCCUCUGUGGGUUUACCUCCCAGUUCCUCCUUAAGAUGAUUGUACUUUGUCCCCCUUUACUUUGUGGAUCUCGUUAAUCUUCUUGUCCCUCUUUUCUAGCCUAAAUUUCAUAACUCCAGAUCAUUCCAAGAAUAAUCUGCCUCAUUCUGAGGUUAUCAGUUUGUUCCUCCAAUUUCUUAUAUUGAAAAUUUUCUAGUAAUGUACUGACUUAAGUCUUAAUAAAGUUUGUGCACA